UCACCAUCGCUGAAUUCCCGUGACCCUGAGGCUGACAAGUACUCCAUGCUACUGGCAAACAUCAAGUGUGUACUUGAUCGUCAUUCGAGUGGGACGUCUCCUGCGUCUAAGUCUGCGUCUGUCGCUGUGACACGUGCAACCACCGCGAUCAACACUGAGAGACCGCCUCCUCAAGCCAUAGUGACCGAAUGGGGCGAUAGUGUGUGUGACUAUCCACUGCAUCGAUUUCCUCUGCUUAAUUCACACCACACCGCUAAUCCACUGGCUCAUUCGAGGAGUUGCCAAUCGCUUCCUUCCGAACCACUAGGAAGCAUCACCCAUCGGUCGUCCGCACGCGAUCGUGUGACGGGUUGGUUACACGCUGGCAAUAGCAUCGAGAGUGUUGUGCAGAGAGGAACACGUGCGCACGAAGAACACGAGAGCACGCAACUGUCCGAUGAGACAUUGAUCAGUCGACUGCUGUUCCCAACCCCUUGUGGACAGAAAUG